CUCAACAAAUACACAAACUUCCUCCGAAAUCUCUCUAGCAGCCGAACGCUGCUUUAAAAGAAAAAUCAUUCAUUUUCAAUCUAAUCAAUCAAUAUCAAAAAAUUACCUGAAAACGGCGCCUUACAUGGUGAAACACAACGCAAGCACUGAUCAAAGGCAAGGUGAUCAGAGAAGCAAUGUUAUUAAGUUCAAGGGAGUCAGGAAGCGAAAGUGGGGGAAAUGGGUCUCCGAAAUCAGGCUACCCAACAGCAGGGAAAGGAUUUGGUUGGGAUCUUAUGAUUCUGCGGAGAAGGCGGCGCGUGCCUUCGAUGCGGCACUCUUUUGCUUACGUGGCCGCUCGGCCAAGUUCAAUUUCCCCGAUAACCCACCGGAUAUAGAAGGUGGGAGGUCGAUGAGUUCACCCGAGAUUCAAUUGGCGGCAGCCAGGUUCGCAAAUGCGGAGCCGGAGCAACCGAGAAGCCACUCGGGUCGCUCAAUGGAUAGGUCCAUAUCCGUAUCCAUAUCACAAAUGGAAGAUUCCCCUUCUCCUUCAAUUUCGGAUGGGACGGUCCAAUUGGAUCAUGAAAUAAAUUUAGACUUGUCCUUACCGGAUCUAUUUACCAAUUUGGGUUCAGGUAAUUACGAGACGGAUUACGGGUUUUUUCCCGGUCUGGAUGAUUUUAGCGACAAUUUUCUUGCACCAAUAAUGCCCUCACUUGAUUAUGAAGACGAGAAUCUGGAACAAUAUUUAGUUCAAGAUUCAUUUCUCUGGAACUUCUAAAUGGAGUCAAAAAGGGGUCAGAAAUCCGGACAAUUUUAAGCUUCGGAGCUACUUGAAUUCAUGGAUAUGGACAAUUUAUUGUAGGUGUGGAACGCCAAGUUUUUUUGAUACGGCCCAUCCAUCGUAUUAUUUGUUUGAUUUUUUCUGCUACUAUUGGAGCAGUUGGUUGUGGUUCAAUUGUAGAGAAUAAAAUAACACGUGCGGCUAUUUUUUUUUUCCCCAUUCUUUACUGUCCGAGUGUAAUAGAAAAUGCUGAUGUAAUUUUUCGUAAUGCCAAUAUAACAUGUGGACGUGGAAGUUUGACA